GAUCGUUCAGCCAUCGUUUCAAGCAUUCCCUUAACCCUUAACCUCCAACUUCUAAAAACUACUACAAAUAUUCAGAUCAAGGUUAUUGGCCAACCGAUGCGCCCUGUAAUUUUUUGAUGGAAUUUGGUAUUUUCAAAACUGUCUGGAUCUCGGUUCAGCGAAACUUCGUCAGCGUAUUAUUUCCUACAUUUACGGUGCUUACGAUUUACGCGGAUUUGAGGCAUACAGCUCGCGGGAAGCGCCAAUUGGCUGAACAGCAGGACAAGUGAGACUACGCUGACUGACAUGAGUCUACUUCAGACUUUGUUAUCGCACAAGCACAUCUGGAAGAUGUAUUGGACUCUCAUCUUUCCCUUCGCAGGUUUUAUGAUUGGUCAUAAGUUAGAUAAGUUGGAAUCAGAGAGGAUGACAACAUUCAGGGACAAAUCAGCAUUGUACGGUAGAGAGUUAAAGCCUGAGGAGUCAUCCUCCUGGCCAUAUUAGCUAUCCUUAUUGCACAUUGUUCAAAUCUUAAGAAAUAGCAGAAUCAAUUAGUGCUUGUUAAGUUAAUUAAAAAAUAAAUAUGUUUAAAUGAAGA